GCGAUGCCGUUUGGUUGUGUGACACUGGGAGACAAGAAAGAUUAUAACCAGCCGUCCGAGGUGACCGACAGAUAUGACCUGGGCCAGGUCAUCAAAACGGAGGAGUUCUGUGAAAUCUUCCGGGCCAAGGAGAAGACGACAGGGAAGCUGUACACCUGCAAGAAGUUUCUGAAGCGAGACGGGCGGAAAGUGCGGAAGGCAGCCAAAAACGAGAUCAUCAUCCUCAAAAUGGUGAAGCACCCCAACAUCCUGCAGCUGGUGGAUGUCUACAUCACCCGCAAGGAAUAUUUCAUCUUCCUGGAGCUGGCCACCGGCCGGGAGGUCUUUGACUGGAUCCUGGACCAGGGCUACUAUUCAGAGAAGGACACUAGCAACGUCAUCCGGCAAGUGUUGGAGGCCGUUGCUUACCUGCACUCACUCAAGAUCGUCCACAGGAACCUCAAGCUGGAGAACCUGGUGUACUAUAACCGUCUGAAGAACUCCAAGAUCGUUAUCAGUGAUUUCCACCUGGCCAAGCUGGAGAAUGGGCUUAUCAAAGAGCCCUGUGGCACCCCUGAGUACCUGGCUCCGGAGGUGGUGGGACGGCAGCGGUACGGGCGGCCGGUGGACUGCUGGGCCAUUGGCGUCAUCAUGUACAUCCUCCUCUCGGGGAACCCACCCUUCUACGAGGAGGCAGAUGAGGAUGACUAUGAGAACCACGACAAGAACCUUUUCCGCAAAAUCCUGGCAGGAGACUAUGAGUUUGACCCACCAUACUGGGAUGACAUCUCACAGGCGGCUAAGGAGCUGGUGACACGCCUGAUGGAAGUGGAGCAGGACCAAAGGAUCACGGCGGAGGAGGCCAUCUCCCAUGAGUGGAUCUCUGGCAACGCUGCAUCUGACAAGAACAUCAAGGAUGGCGUCUGUGCCCAAAUCGAGAAGAACUUUGCCCGAGCCAAGUGGAAGAAAGCCGUGCGAGUGACCACGCUCAUGAAGCGCCUGCGGGCGCCCGAGCAGACGGAGACCGCCUCAGCCCCGACAGCCACCACUGCCACCACCGCUGCCACCACCGCCGGCACCGCCGCUUCCAACGCUGCUACCGCCGCUUCCAACGCUGCUAUCGCCGCCACCGCCGCCACGGACACUGCGACCCCCGCGGCCUUGAGCACUCCGCCCCCCGCGGCCUCGAGCACUUCGCCCGCCGCCGCGCAGCCCCCGGCCCCCGCCACGCCUCCUGCCACCACGUGUAACGGGGACGGGGCUGCCACCACCGCGGCUGCCACCUCCACCGAGGACCCCGGCGAGCAAACCGGCUGA